GGUGGGGAUAGAGCGCGCGAGUGAGAGACAGCGGUUGCGGCUCGCAGCUCUGCAGAGACGAGAAACAAGUCAGUCGCUCGGCGAAUGCGCGCCUGUUCGUGUGAGAAGAUAACGUUUUCAUUCUCGGUUUUUUUCGAUACCUUAACGUGUUUUAUAAAUCGACAUAAAGUUGUUAAUGUCGAGUGCGUCGUGUGUUGACGAUAUGUGACGAGUUGAUAUAGUGCUAUAGUAUAGGAUUUGAAAAAAAAUGGUACAAUGAGUAAAGUGAGGCCGGAAGUUGUGUGACUGAAAAAAAGAGACGACGAUAGCCAAGAUGAUGAUGGCGCCGCAAGUCGUGGGUGUCCUUUUGAAGAAACCUGGCCAGCAGCCACAGACCAGCCACCCCAGGAUUCCACCGAUUGACCCCCAGGAGACUAAAAUCAGAGGUGAACUGUACGUGGAGGACCUGGCAGAACGUCGUUUCGUCUCGAUACGAAUGGGCUGGUUGUGGGUAGAAGGAACCCCGAUGCGCUUGGCAUUGCGUGCACUGAAUCUGCGCCAAGCAACACCAGGCAUUUGUCAACCACACGCCCUUGCACUUGGCUUCACCCUCAGUAACUCACAAGGAGACAGCCUUGCCACCUUCUGGGCCGACACAGAGCCAAUCUGGUGGUCAUGGGUACGCGCUAUAGCUGCAGAAAUCGUACGUCAAACACCCUUUCGAGCACAGCGCUGUCUUAACUUCUUGGAGAUUUUGACGACAUGUCCUCGUGGACCUGUUCCAUUACCCGACAGUCCAACUGAUCAAAGGCGUCGUUCACGUAGUGAGUUACGUUGUUGGCCACACUUAAACAUCGAGAAGAUCGGUAAUGUCCACGUAUUGGAAGAUUCGCGACGACGCGCAAGAAGCGAAUUGCGUGGCUGGUCUAGCAGUAACUCAAGCGACGAGGAUUUGGGAGUUGGCAAAGACCAGGGUAUAAUGCAAACGCGAGCUUGGGGUUGUAGUGAGAGUAGUGAAGGUAGCGAUGAUAGUUUACCCUGGGGUGCUGGUCCAUGCAGGUCAAGUGUUGAUUCGGUAGACUCAGCUAUUUCUAUGACAGAACCACCCACCACCAGAGAACAGAGGAUGCAGAGGUACAAAGAAGCUAGAAGAAGGGAGAACGAGGCUAGAAGAAGACAAGUUUUAGAGGAGGAUGCAAGGAGAAGAAAAGCUUGCAGAGCUGCCGAGGAAAACAACAAUGAUAUUCUACAUAGAAGUUCCAAAAUCAGAACCAGACUCUUCGCGAAAGAGGAUGAUGAUCUGUCACUAAACAGCUCUCUUAAAAAGGAAUAUACUGUGACCAAACUCGGUACUUUGUCAUCUAGAAUUGAGGAUUCUCUGACGUCUAAAGAGAAACUUCCUCCAGUUAGAACUUUGAACGACAUCACCACCACCGUAAGGUUUGAGGAAACAAGAGUCUACGCACCAGACGACAAUAGGAAUAAUAACAGUAAUUCCAGGAAUAAUCAAAUAAAUAGUAUGCUCACAAACAAUACAGUCAAACCUGGUAUCCUCAGAACCGAUACUAUUGAAAGAAAGAGUAGGGCACGAGAACGUCGUUGUGUACGAGAGAGAGGUUCUUUGAUGUCUUUACCAGUCAUCAUCUCCAAUGGUAACAACAAUAUAGAAACACUCAAAGAACGAAAAGAGCGUCUAACGAUUACUCGAAUACCAAUCAAAUUCCCGGAAAUCAUUGUUGAUUGCGUAGAUGGUGUUAAGUCUCCCAGGACACCUUUAGCUACCAACAUAUCCCUCUCCCUUUACCGCGAACCUCCGUGCGAGGAAGAUGUUGCCAGACUUUUAGAACGCUGUCAGAGGGUAGAUCGUUACGUUCCGGUUCGCGAGAAAUUAACUCUGUUUGAAUCUUUAUCUCGUAUGGGUGGUCGUUUAGCCAGGAGUACCGAAGAUCUUGGGCGCUCGAGUUCUAAUCCUAGCCCUAAAGGCAAACAAAGGGCUAGGUCGUUGCACGAUUUGAACAGAGGAUUAAAGGCAGUGCCUGUACGUGAAAUGUGCAGGUUUUUCGAGAAUGGUAGUCCCGAUAACGAGACUCCCGUGAAAAAAGAUCCAACGAGAACGAGAUUUAACGACUUCACACUUACGAAUACUGGACGAAGUCCAUCGACGUGGAAAGAUCCACCGAAAAAUCCCAAUGCUCCCUGUAUCAGGAUGUCUGCUAGAAGGAAGCAUUACGCCAAAUAAUAUGUUGUUUUUUCUUUCGUCGGGUUUUGUUAUAUAUCGUUCGAAGUAUAAACCGUGCGCAGCGCGAAUUCAUAAUUAAUUUUGACUAUUUAUAAUUUCUUUUUUCUACGUGUACGUGCGUGUAUGCGUGUGUAUGUGUGUUAGUACGAGCGUUCUUUAUGUGUGUGUAUUGUUCUUCUGCUGUACUUUUUGUGCGUUGAUGAUUAUUUUACGAUCAAUUUACAUGAUAACCAGCUCGGUGUAAUUAACCAUGGGAUCAUGGGAAAAUUUCAUUGGCUUCUUUUGCUGCCAGUAUUGUGGCGCUGUUGCUGGUGCUGUUCUGAUACGAAAGUAAUUCUAUUCUUUCUAUAAUAAAUAAUUUUGCGCGCUACCGUUGUGCAUAAGUCGCAAGUGUGAGAAGCUACACAAUUGUUUCCUCAGUAUUCAUCGCCUUCCGAUGCUUCUUGACUUUUAUUUUUCUUCAACUUUGGAAGCAACAAUAGCUCGAUCAUUAUCUAUGUUUUUCUUGUUUUCUUUCUCUCUAAGCUGAUUAUUAAUCGUCGCGUAUAUUUUAUAGUGAGCAAAAGAAUAUUCUCAGAAUUGUAAUAAAUGAAUAAUUGUUGUAUAUAUUUACUUUAUGUUGUAAGUGUAUCAUUGUAUGCUUAUAAUUUUCAAGUUUUGGUAAAAAUCGUUGAUGAAAUUAGAAAAAAUGGAAUUUGAAUGCAAUAUGUAUUGUGGAAAAUCACCUAAGGCGGCACUAGUGAUAUCGAUCGAAAAAGAAUAUUUGAAUUAGUCUGAAACAUACUGUGAUGGUUUUUCAUGUUUAUAAAUUAUUGAUGACGCUUACCUUUAACAAUACUAAUGAAAAAUAUGCUUUUGAAGAUCGUUUCUGGCUGCUGCGGCUUAUUAAAACAAUCGACGCAUUCUUUAAAUUGACUUUUUUCAUAAUAAAUUGUUUAUUUAUUAAAUUUUCCGUUUUUUUUUACUUUCGAUCUAUGACGCGUGUUCUAUUUAUCGAAAAAAAAGAAAGCUCGGUACGUGUCUUCGAUAAAUAUAACAGUAUAUGCGUAUCUUUUUGCGUCAUUGAUCAACAAACGGAGGGAGAAGCAAUUAAUCGAAACUCGAUUGAACGAACAAACGAGCGAGCGUGAGCACUUCUAGAACCAAGAGAAGACGAAAGGAGAAGAAAAAAAUGUUAAGCCGGUACUUUAUGCUGCACAGCGCGGCUAAGAGAAAGUCGAUUUGUUGUUUGCUCGUGCGUCGACAAAAGCAGUCGAGCGUCCCCGGAUUUUGAUAAGAAAUUAACGAUGCCCGAUACACACAAGAACUUGCUUUGAAAACACGCAGGCGUGAAAAGUCAAUCGACAAAGAAACCUUCCAAAUGAACAUCGACCGAGAGAGACAAUCGAUGCUUCAUCGCUCGACAUGCAAGUAUGACGUCUGAUGAGUUCGUUAACACGGCAACCGUUGUUGGAAUGUUUUAAUUUUGAUUUUCCAGUUGACCUUGAAUAAUAAAAGGGGCCAGACCCCUCGAUGAUGAUGCUCAAUUUUUCCGCUAAGCGUACGGAAGAUUAUAUGGUCCCACUCGAAUAUUCGUGGAUAAAAUCUUUCUAAUGCUCUUAAAGAAAUUAUACCUUGAUAACGUAAUGAAAAAAGAUUUCAUUUUGUAAAUUAAAUCCUCUUUUAAGUAUCGAACGGUUCUUACAAUGUCGUAUGAAAUAAAUUUUGUUUUCUAAUUACUGAGUAGGUAAUAGCUAUUGUUUUUUGAAUUAGUGUUUUUUGUAAAAUGAACAGCACAUAUUACUCAUUAUUUGGAAAACACCAUUUGAGAUUACACAAUAGAAACGAAAUUAAUUUUUGCGCCUCAUAGCGAUUAUCCUAAAAGACUUUCCUGUCUUUGUGACCUAGUAAGAAUGUUUCCUUGGCAAGACUUGCAGCGUAUAAGCUUUCAUUAUGAAUCAAGGUUAAAACAAAAUCGGCUUAAGUAACAGUAAAGGUAAAAGAAAAGUUUGAGCAUCGAGAACGAGAUAAGAUCUUUUAGCCUUACACACAAUUCCACUUUAUACAGAGUGCGUGUAUAACAGUUGAGUCGCAUCAAUCGUGGGUCGACUUUUCCUGCCGAACUCUCAAGGGAAAAUGGAGAUCAAUGGGAUUCGGAAGCGACCUUGCAAUUCGCAGUUACUCGACCCGGAAAAAUCUCACUUCCUGUAUGCUCGUGUGCGCGCAUCGUUCAUUUCCCGUCUGUAGUUUGCCGCGCAAUCGGGUCAGUUGGCAUCCGGUACGUAACAGAUACAUGUAACAACGCGGAGCGAUCGAAAAAAAAAGGGAAAGAAAAUGAUCGCAUACACUUUUUGUUUUGAACAACGAGCUGGUUUUUAUGGGAAAUCCUUCGUGCGAGAGGUGUCAAAAACGGAAACGAUUGAAAUAUCAGCAGCUUCUCACGAUCGUAGCCAGCGUUAACGACUUGAGAAAUGAGUGAAAGCGCAACAACACAGCGCGCCGGCAAAUAUAAUUGUAUGACAAUGUGUGUACACUGAGUGAGACAGUGCGUUUUAGUCUUUUCACGUUUACAUGUAUCAUAACCGCUCAUCUUGUAAGAUAUAUACUCGUUUUAUUUAAGUCGCACUCAUUAUCCAUGCACCAGGCCUCUGAAACGAGCGCUUAGGCUCACGAGUUCUCUGUUUCUUCCCGUCUUUUCGUCGUCGUCGGCAUCUAAGAGAAUGUGCAAAGUAGCCUCCAUAGAAUUUAUAAUCGAACUUAGAUUUUAUAAGAACUGUAUAUAAACAUAUUAUUCGUAUAACUCAGUAAAAUACGGAACUCAAUGAUUUCAUUGCACACUGUCAUUGAAAGAAACAAUUUGAAUGGUGCAAUUACAUCAAAAAAAUAAGAUCACCACAGUAUGCGCAAACACGUGUUUUAACCAACGUCGCGUUUGUUAAAACAAAAAAAAAGUAAAUAAAUAAAUAAAAAUAAUAAAUAAAGUCGACGGUCGCAUCGACCGUUCGCCAAAGAGGUUCUCUAGUCCCUCGUGCAUGUCGUGAUGUCUGUGUGACACACGAGGAAUCUACGAAAAAUAAGGAGGUGCGGACGAGCCAAGAGAAUUUGCGUCUCUUCGUCUCUUCGCUUUCCCUCUCGUUUUUUGCGUGCGUACUUUUAAAUGCAUAACUCACAUUACACACUCAUACAUACAUUACGUUUAUUAAGAAAGGUAAGUGAUAAAUCAGUGACGAGCGCUAAUUGCGCACGCGCCGCUAAGUUUCUAUUUGUAUUUACGUUUGUUAUACUGUAAUGAUAUAGAAAAAAAGGACGAAUAAUAGCCGU